ACUGAACAAAAUAUGAGUUCGAGUUCUGGUCUUCCAAAGUACCAUGUCGCACUUAGUCCAAAUGGUCUAAAUGUUAUUACAUUUAAUACAGAGACAUUGGAAUUGGAAAUAUGUCAUACUAAUAAUUUGACAGAUAAAAAAAAGAUAAAAUAUAGAGGAUUUAGAACUGUAGAUAUCAGUAACCCUCGACUAUGUUGGUCGAUAGCGAUAUCAAACUCAGUAAACUUGGGUACACAUUCAGAUACAUUAAUUGGUGUUUCAUGUUUUGAUAGAACCGAUACUUUAAUUAAAUCAUCAAAGAAACGACGAGCUCGCAAAUCUGGAAGUUAUUUUUCUUCUUCAUUUUCUUCUAUGAAGGACUUAGAAGAAGGUCAUUUAGAUUAUUUUAAUGUCAGAGUAAGUCCAUAUACAUGGAUACUUUCAACUUGGUACGCGGACAGGAUAAAAACUUCUGUGGAUGAUACUGGUGGUGUUAUACGAUUUCUUGCUGAUGAUAGUCCUAAUACUGAUGUAGUAGUAGUUCAUGUACAAGGAAUUUCAAGAACUACAAUUGAAUCUAAUUAUGCUGACGGUGGUAGUUUAAGAACUGAUCUUCUUAAAAAACCUGCUGAACAAUUCUUAUUUCCAAUGUUAAUUGCUACUGAAAUUGGUACUGCUGAAAGUUCUAAUCCUAAUUUACAAUUAUUUAAUAGAAAUAUUGAAAAAAAUUUUUUUGUAGCUGAAAAUUAUAAAUUUGAAUUAUUAGAAAUGUACAGUUUAAAAACUGGUGAACUUUAUAAAACUUUUCAUAUUAAGGAAGAAACUAUUGAAAAAAAAUUAGAAGCUCAUGGAAAUGCUAUUUAUGAAGUUUCAAAAAAUGAUGCUUUAUUAGCUUAUUGUAGAGGAAAUAAUAGUGUUUCAAUAUAUUUAAUGGAAAAUACUUUGGAAAUUGCAACAAAACUAUUUUCUAAUCUUUAUAGAAUAAAUACAAUUGAUUUUGUUCAUGAUGAUGAAAAAUUAUUUUUAAUUGGUGAAGAAGAAAAGGAUAAAGAUGAUGGUUCAACAGAAUUAGUUACUGUUAUUUUAAUUUGGAAUCUUUUUAGUGAUUAUGAAGAUUGUGUUCAGACAAUUAGAGAUACUCAAAAUAUAAUUCAAACGGGUAAACAUUUUUCAAGAUUUACUGAGCAUUAUCAUAAGUUUUCCAGUGCUAGUGGAUUUAUAGUUGGUGUUAAUGAAGAUACUGGUGAAGUUUUUUCUAUUGUUGAUCAUCCUGAUCUGAAAUAUGUUUUAGAACCUUUUGUAUCAUCUGAACUAAUUCCACUAGAGAUUCAAAGAGAUGUUUCAACACCAUCACCAAUAAAUCAAGUUUAUCAUUAUAUUUACAAAGAUGGUAAAUUUGUUGAUGCUAGAAAAGAACCAAAAAAUACUAUUAUUAUUGGUAAUGCUGAACCUUGGGUUCGUCUCAAAAAACAUCCUCGUACUUCUGCUUACCUAAAUGAUGAUAAGACAUUACAAGUAAUUAUGGGAUUAACUACAAUUCAAGUGUGGAGAAAAAAUGAAUCUUCUAAAUACAGACGAAGACUUGAAUAUAUUUGGACUAGUGGUCGUGACGAAGUAUUUGAUCUUCAAAGUUUUCACAUUGGUAAUGGUGAAUUUUCUGUUGAGUUAUCACUUCCUAUAGCUAAAGAAACAUACAAAAUUCAUUGGCCACGUGAAUGUUCUCCCUUGAGAGAUGCAUGUAGAGCUAUUGAAUAUCUUAAUCGUCAACAAGGUGAACCAGUUACACCUAAUAAAAAACAAUUAUAUCGUGAUUUAUCUCGUCAAACAAAAAAUAUAUUAAAAAGAUUCAUGAAUAAACAUCCUGAUGUUUGGAGAAUGGCUGAUGUUAGAUAUGAAAUUAUGCAAUCAUUGAUUCGUGGACAAUGCGUUUCUUUGAUCAAAGCAAUUUUAUUUAAUAAAGAUGAUAAAGAUGAAAAUCCGCGUGGAAUAAGUUCAAAAUUGUCAAACCAGUUACAUUACCCUAGGCUUUAUGAAUGGCCUCUAAAACCAAAAGAAAGUGAUUUGCAAGUUGCUAUCAGUAGCUCUGGUGAUCGUCGUCAAGAUACUAUUAUUGUAGGAUAUCUAUUAAGCUAUUAUGCAGAUAAUGCAAUGAAUAAUGCUGGAUGGAUGUUUACCGUUACUCAAGCACUACCGGAACUAUAUGAUCAUAACAUGGAUUAUUAUGUUCAUGAACUAUUUUACAAGCCAUGUUUCGGUGCAAAAGAAAUAAAAAUUGAUACAUCUUUUAUAAGCCGUGGUGAUUUAUUCGAAGGGCGUUUUAAACCUGUUCACUCCUUAUACAUUAAACCGGGACUUAAACGCAAACCGGCAACCAAGCAACAUGAUAGAAAAGCUCAAUUAAUUCAUAGGAUUAAAAGUUUCUUUUCAUAUGCGAGACUUGUUGAAGAAGUGGAAGAAUUCGAAGAAACUUUAAAAGAAGAAAAAAUUGGGUAUUUUAAAGGGGAGAAUCGUGAACCACUCGUGCCGACUACUACAACUGUGCGAGUUGUUCCGCUUCCGGGUGCUAUCGAAGAUAAUACCAAAGUUCCUUUAUCACGGAAAAUUUUAAAAUUAUUAUUCUGGCCGCGUGAGUACAUUGUUACCAAAGACGAGAUGUGUAGUCCAUUUCUUCGUGUAAUUGGUCGUGAUAGCAGUCCAGCAUUGUUUAACAAUCCUGCUAUGGCUGCAGUAAUCGAUUAUAAGUGGGCAUCUGCACGUGAAUAUAGCCUACGUCAAUUUGCUCGAUUUAUUGUUUUUGCACUGUUAUUUUCAAUUAUUACCAGUAUAAUGAAAGAUGGAAUGUAUUUAAAAUCGAAUGUAAACUUUGGCUUAUAUUUAAUCACUCAAUUGAUAUUUUUUUACCUGGGCUAUUAUUUGCUUCUCACUGAAAUUGUACAACUUAAACAUGAAGGUUCAAGUUCCAAGCAAGCUUAUAGUAUUUUUUUGGCAUUUAUUACUCUCUUUAUGUGGGGAGAAUUUUUUUUGAUGUUGCGAUUCUUUAAACAUCCAAAUCAAAUUGGCCUAACUCCAGGCGGAUCAUCAUAUUCAAUCUUAAAUGCAUCAGAUACAAAUACAGAAACCAAUAAUCUAUUCCCUGACAUGACAAUUUCUCAAUCAAUUGAUGUUAAUAGUGUCAGCGACAAUUAUUUCUCUCAUUUUUGGAAAUCUGUUGAGAGUGUGUUCUUCUGGAUUAAUGGAAGAUGGGAUCAACUUGACCAAUGGGAUUUUAUACCUCUCGACAUUUUGGCUAUUAUUGCAAGCAUUUUUCUUGUCAUUAUCAUGCAAAAUUUGUUGAUCGCACUUAUGACAAAUGCAUUCGAAGAAGCGCAAUCUUCAGGUGAAGAUGCGGUUUUGAGACACCGAGCUGACUUAAUUGCAGACUUUGAGACUUUACAGAAACCGCUUGGGAUGACACGUAAAGAUAAACGUUACAUAUAUUAUAUAGGCAAAGUAGAUGAUCAAACUGACUGGCUAGAAAAAGCUAAAGAAUAUCGAUCAACUCAUAAUGCCUUGCUUGGUGAAGAAAGUAAUGCAGCCUUGCAAGUAAAGGUUCAAGGAAUAGAAAAUAAACUUGAAAAG